CUCAUGCUACAGUUUGCACAUGUGUUUGUUUAUUAGACAUGUAUUGCAAGAAAUAUGUCGUUUUAGGACAUUUAUUAUUGCAUUCAUUUAUAAUUAGAUGAUAUAAGUGAAAUGACAAAUUGUUUAAAGACUAUGAUUUCUGCUGUUGGUUGAGCUUGGUAAACAGUAACGUAUCCUAACAGUGUUAGCUAGCUAGCUACAAUGUUAUAGUGUGUUAUGGUGACACAUUGAUUCAUUUAGAAAAUUAAAUAUUUGUAGCACGGGCGCUUCACUCUACACAUUACAUAACUGGACAGUCUAUCUACCAUGACUAUGAAGGAGGAAGCACCGAGUGUCCCUGAGUGCUACAUCUCAGAACAUGAAGGGUUCUAUGGAACCAUCAAGAACUCCACCAGAGACUUUGUAGUCACAGAGAUAGACAUCCAUGGCCAGAUGGUUACUAAACCCAGUGUAUCUGAUGUCCCUCAAUCAUCCAACAUUACUGAGGCAUGCCCAGGUGCCAAGUCUGAAGGAAAGACAAAUAUUAUUAGCCCAAAACAUCAACACAACCUCAAAGAAGAGAAUUGUCCUCCGGUUGUAAAGGGUGUGGAUUCAGUACCUGGACCCGGUCAGAAUGGUGACAUCACAUCCACCGCCAGCCAAGACUGUUUUGACCUGAGCACGAUACUGGGUCAGGAUGUCUGUGAAGAGCUAGAGCAGUUCACUGCUUUACUGAGAGAGGCGUCAUCAAGUCCCAAUGAUGGCGUUGAGAAGAAUCUGGCCAACCAAGAAUCAUCCAAUGGCAGUGAGAAGAAGAUGGCCAGUCAAGAGCUAUCCCUGGGUUCAUUCCCAGACAAACACCAAAGAGCUAACGUCCACCGUGCUGUCCGACACAACUUUCCCUUCCUGUUGACAGUAACCAACCAAUCAGAGAUCAGGGUUAAGGAGGACCCUGACUUUAAGCUCCUAUCAGGUUUGGUCUCCGAGGAGGAGGCCGAAGACUUUAUCAGGUUCAUCGACACCAAGAUGCCUAACUCUGUGUACACGUUCAGGGGUGAUGACAGUAAGGAGCACAGGACGGCAGUGCACCACUUCCUCAGUAGACGGUUUGGUAAACUGGUGGAGACUAAGAGCUUCAGUGACCAGCAGCAGAAGACUAUGGCCAUUACGGUCAGGUUGAGAGAAAAAGGGAAACCCAGGAAGAGGACGGCUGAUGACAGUAAAGAGGAAGAGGUCUAUACAGCGUUCACUCUGAGGAAGGAGAACCUAGAGACUCUGGAGGCUAUCAGCUACAUGGCAGCUGUCCUGGGUGUGCUGCCCUCUGACUUCACCUACGCUGGCAUCAAGGACAAGAGGGCCGUCACCUACCAGUCCAUGGUGGUCAAGAAGAUCUCACCACAACGGCUGAGAGAGAAGGCCAGUGAGUUUGAGAAGAGGGGGGUGGUCCUCUCCUCCGUCCGCUCCGUCUCUGAGCCUCUUCAUCUGGGUAGACUCCAGGGGAACCACUUUGACCUGGUGGUACGGGAUCUGAGACCACACCAGGGUCAUGGCACACUGAUGGAGCUGGACUCACUGGUGCAGGAGGCUGUGGACAACGUAAAGGUCAAGGGGUUUGUGAACUACUAUGGACCUCAGAGGUUUGGGACUGGACAGAGUGUUCAGUCUGACCGCGUCGGACUGGCCCUGCUCAAAGGGGAAAUGGUGGCAGCUGUCCGUCUGUUCUUCACACCAGAAGAGGGUGAUGACCCUCAGAGCGUUGCCAAGAGACACUUCCUCCAGACUGAUAAUGCCAAGGAGGCCCUGUCUCUGAUGCCCAUGUCCAAGGCCAGAGAGAGGAUGAUGCUGAGGGCCCUACAUCGCUAUGGGACAGGCCCAGAGGGCUGCACCCGUGCCUGGCUCAGCCUGCCCCAUGGGAUGAGGGUCUUCUACCCCCACGCAUACUGCAGCCGGGUCUGGAACGAGGCGGCUGCACACAGGCUGGCCACGCUGGGCCACAGGGCCAGGCAGGGAGAUCUGGUCUGGAAGCAGAGGGGAGAGGAGGGGAUAGAGGCGGGAGAAACCAGCUUACCUCAGAUUCAUGUUGUUACUGCUGCAGAGGAGGACGUCUACUCACUAGGACAGGUGGUUCUUCCCAUGCUUGGCAACAGUGUGAAGUACCCAGAGAACCCUGUAGGGGGCUGGUACCAGGAGAGACUGGCGAGGGACGGACUACAGAGCUGUCGUUUCAGAGUCACUCCUCUCAAACUGAACCUCCCUGGCUGCUACCGCCCCUUACUGGCCAUCCCACAUAGCCUGACCUACAGGCUGGAGCAGAGCCAGAGAGCUGGGGAGAGGCAACAGGAUUGUAAUGGAAAGUCGCAGGCUAGUGGAGCGGUACCACAGCACCCUGACACAGACACAACUAGACCUGGAGGUCUGGAGAGGCAGAGAGGAGCGGAGAGCGUGCAGGGUAAUGGACAGGGGGAGUCAACGGUGCAGAACCCUGACACAGACACAACUAGACCUGGAGGUCUGGAGAGGCAGAGAGGAGGGGAGAGCGUGCAGGGUAAUGGACAGGGGGAGUCAACGGUGCAGAACCCUGACACAGACACAACUAGACCUGGAGGUCUGGAGAGGCAGAGAGGAGGGGAGAGCGUGCAGGGUAAUGGACAGGGGGAGUCAACGGUGCAGUACCCUGACACAGACACACCUAGUUUGACGUUGAACUUUGACCUGGACUCUUCCUGCUACGCUACCGUCUGCCUCAGAGAGGUCAUGAAAUGUGACCCUUAGACUGGAGUCUCAGAUGCUGUAUGUACUACUGUGUGUACAGUAUUUUGAUUAGUAUUGUGUUGUGUACACAGUGUGGCCUCUUGUGUAGAUGUAGGAUACUGCUACAGUAUUGUGAUCAGUUUGCCGAUUCGUUGCCUGAUUUGUCAGACAUGUCGUUAAUAAAAAAUGCUUUGUUAAUUUA